GCUGCAUCCUCAGUAAUAAUAAUAAUCAUAGCAAAAAUGGCAACACCCGCCCCGGGGACGCUCACGCUCUCGGCCGACCAGUCUAAGGCGCUGUUCGACAUUCUGACGCACCAACAAACAUACCAGGAGAUCGAAGACUUCAAAUACCCGGGCGCCAUCCACAACUAUGGUCCACCCUUUCAGAAGAAUGUCGCGUCACCGCAGUCGCCCAUUCUGCAAACCCUGGUAUCCAAGUUCCUCAUCAAACUGCCCGGUCUACGAGAUGUAUCGCCCGAGUUUUGGAAAGGCCGGGUCGAUGCUCUAGUGCAGGAACUAUCAGAGGCUGAGCUGUCGGAAAGUUAUGACAAAGGUCUCCUAGGAAUCCGCAAGACUCUGGCUACUGCUAUAUCUGCCUUGCUCGAGUACCCUGCUCGAGGCGUUCUGGGAGGUUUUCCUAAAGAGGAAGUGAAGCGAUCCACCACAUAUGAUACCACGAACCCCGAAGAUGUCUUACAGGCGUGGCAGGAUUGCGUGCAACAAGCAGUGUACGGAAAUUUAAUCGACGAGCUCUUCGCAAAGGCAGCCGAGACCGAUGACCUGACUAAGCAUGACUCUCUGGUGCAGGGCAUGCAUGAGUUCAUGGUGGUGAAUAUCGCAUCGAUUAUGCACUAUACCUUGGUGCUAUCACCGGAAGGUCCAACGAUGCUGCGCAUGCUGUCGAGCGUCCACAACCUAAUUCCAUAUACCAUUAUACGCCAGACACUCAAGGUAGGGAACGUCGCAACAAUGCUCAGUGGAGUCAUGAGGAUUGUGUUGGCAAAAGCUAGCGUGGCUACUGUGACGAAUUGGAUUGGUUUGAGCAGUGGUGCAGACGAAGGCAUGAAUUUGAUGCAGCAAAUCAUGUCUCAGGUGCUGAGCUGGGAUAAGCGCGAGCUGAAGAAGCGCGCAGAGAAGAUUGAAAAGGCGAAAGAUGGACCACCAAAGGACGUGCUGGCCGAGAUCAAAAACUGGAUCAGUCGCAGUCGCCAAGAACACGAAGAGACGAGGAAACACAGCCAGGAGCAAAACAUGUCCAUUGUUGCCAUGAUUCUCGCAUUAUCAUCCGUCUCGUCGGAAAUGUCGCCGGCGCAACAUGCCAAGGCACAGGAAUACCUCUCCCUACAGCUUGCCAUCCGAGAUCGACAGCAGAUUGUCAAGGUGCUCUGCCAACGACAUCCCGACAUUCUGACGGCUGCCAUCCGAGAUGCCGUCGAUGCCUACACACCCAUGAUUCGACACGUCCACCAGGCCGUCAACUUGAGUGAUACGCUCUGGGAUUUCGAGCGCUUCCUCACUGACCUGCUCAAGAUCAGCAUCGUCAACGAUACCAAGAAGGAACAACAAGGACAACAACAACAAUCACAACAACCACAGAAAGCCCCGAGUGUCGAAGACUUUGUCGACUUGCUCCAUCGCCAUCAAAGCAGCUGCCACAAAUUCAUCCACCAAUUCGCCAAGAACGGAAAGGAAAUGACGGAAUGGUGGAAAGAGUACAUCCACAUGGCUGCCGCCAACUUCCGCAAAAACGACACCCCUCCCCCAUCCGAAUCCAUCGUCUCGGAUAAAAUGACCACGGGAGGGCUUCAACAAGCCCUCGAAACCGAAUUCUCCCACCUCUCACCCGCAGACCAAAAAACGAUACACGAAGAACUGGAUGCCUGGAAAUCAUAUAUUGAUCAACUCCACCACGCCUCGACCGCACGCAUCACUGCUGUCAUCAAGAGGACACACUCGACGCCGUUUGGACCGGGCGCGUACCUCGCACGUUGGCAGCAAUUGUUGGACGAUACCCCCAUCACACCUGCCACUGCACAGGGGCCGGUCCGACAUGGAGCAGACCGGGCGGUCAAGGAGAAUAGUCGAGCGAAUAUUGAGGGUGCAGAUGCCCAUCGUGAUGGGAGUCAAGAAGCAGAACAACAACAAAUACAAAAGGCGGUUGCCGACAAGAUGCCCACCGCUCCCGUGUGCGAAGCCGUGUCGAGGCUGCUGUGGCCCAAGUUUCGACAGGCGCUGAUUUCGCAGUAGCGUGCAAGUGGUGGUGCCACAUGUUCAUACAGAGUGGGAACAAAUACAUGUACAUGUGAUUGGUCUCAAAACACACCUCUUUUCAUGCUUUCUCACAUGUGCCGCACAUGAAAUGCAGCUUCCUCCGCCUGCGCCUGCGCCAGAUUGAGCUGGAAAUAUAUGUCUCUCUUCAUACGUCUGUUUACAUCACAUGUCGAUACCGACCAGCAGCAAACGUCGUGUCAUCUCUCUCACGUGUGGGAAUCAGUGCUCAUCAGUCGUUAUGGUACAAUGUCGUGUCCUCCAUCACAAUCAGCGGAUGGGGAUCUAAAAGAAAUUGCCAUGAGGCAGAGCGCAGAAGAUGCCAACGAUGAUGGCUGAAGCCACCAGUGCGCCCAACAGAGACUGCAGAAAGAUGGUGUCUUGAAUCUGACGGAGUGCCGGUUCCUGAAUCCAGACUUCGCGAUCGAGAAUCUUUCGAAUGAUAUUUCGCUGCUUGUAGCGAGGAACCCAGGGCUCUUGCUCAAACGAGUUGCGAGUGCUAGCCGCAAGGGACUCCUUCGAGGCCCACUUCUCGUUGAGUGCCUCCUCGGAUUCGUCGGAGAAUAGUUCCCAUGGCCGCACGUGUCGGUGAUGCAAGCCAUGAAGGACCACGCACAUUCCCUUCCAGGCGGCGAUGAGUGUGGAUAUGCCGAGGAGCCAUGCAACAAUUGGUAACACUCUCCAACCACGUCCGGCAGAGCUGAGAGUGAUGAGAAUAUCUGCCACGAGACCGAUGAGCAUAAGUGACAGGCCCAGACCACGAGCGAAGAGCACGCGGGGCCUGUUGCCGUUGCAGAUGGUCCAGCGAAUGAAGUUGGGGUGGGCCUGUUUGCGAAGCGAGAACUCCACGCUCGUGAUGAUGGCGCUGAAGGUGCUCGGGUGAGUCGUGUGUUGCAGCGCAUGUAAUACAGCCUGGCGCUCGCGAGAGGAUAGGUUGAGCUCCCGAGGGCUCCCCUCGGCGAUGUAUAUACUCACAAUACGUGAGACCUCGUCGCGAUAUGGCUGAGUGGUGAAUGGCUUCCAUUUCAAUCCCGCUUCACCAAAUGCUUGGUCGGUAACAAGGCGGUGAUUGUUGCCAUUCCCGCUGCUGAGCAGGGUUUUCUCGUCACUCACCGACGAGGCAUAGUCAGAGCCAUUCUCCUGUCUCUCGUCCAAGGAGAUGGUCUGUGGCGUGUUGAAGGGAUCGACACGCUCCACGGCGGGCUUUGAUGUUUUCGUAAAGUCCGAGUCCUUGAGGACUUGUGCAAUUUGCGGGGCGAGUCUGUUCGGACGAGGUGGCGAGAGCGGCAGAUCCGCUUCGGCGUUCGUCUUCCAUUCGGGGGCCAGUGCUCUAUCGCCAUCCUUGAGCUGCUCCCAUCGGGAGGCGUAAUCUCUGUACCAGAGGUAGAAUUGCAAGUUCUCGGCCGAGUACUCGAUGUAUUUGAGGUAGUUCAUAAACUCUCGUAGCGUCACAGGAGGACAAGUGCCGCCAGUGACGAUUCGGUCAAAAGAUAAGGCGGCGGGGAUGCCAUGGCUCAUGCCCGAGGUGCCAGACUGGAGGGAAUCAUUGAUUGAGGGCUGCUUUUCGUGGCCAUUGAGAGAGCGUUGAGAAGAACCGGGGACGUGCGGCGGACGGCGGUAGGCCAGAGAGUAGACCAUGGUAGUGGUAG